UCCAUCUUUUUGUUUUAGUGAUUCUCAAGUUUCAACUACCACCACAACAAAGCAAAGCCACACACACCCACUGAGGAAAAAAGCAAAGUCAAAUUUCUCAACACUUCAUUAGCCUUUAGCUUUUCUGUUUUCCUUCAGUGUCUUCACUUUAAACUUUAUAAAUACCUCCAAACACCUCUAUUUUCCUUCCAAGAACACAACAAAAACCCAUGGAUUGGUUUUCUUGGCUGUCCAAAACAGAGCUAGAGCCAUCUCUUGUUUAUGAAUAUGGCUUAGCAUUUGCUCAUAACGAGCUUGAAAAAGACGAUGUCCCUUACUUCAACCACGAAUUCCUCCAAAGCAUGGGCGUUUCUAUUGCCAAACACCGGCUAGAAAUUCUCAAACUUGCCAAGAAAGAUCGAGGAAACGUUCCAAAUUCCAUGUCGAGGUUUCUCAGGGUAAUGAAACGUACCAAGAAACGUUUUUCAAAAUAUUUUAGGACGUGGAUUCGUCGCGAGGAAUCAGCUCUUGCAAUUGUGCCAAGAAGAAGUUACAGUUCAAGAGUUUGGAAGAGACCAAAAAUGCUGAAGAGGAACAAGAGUGUUGUGGCACCAGCCAGGCAGAAUAGUACUUUGUUGCUUACAAAUGGCAGUCCAAUAUUCAUGUCUAGUUCAAGAAUUAAUAGUUUCUCGAGUCCAAUGGUUCAUGAUCUUCGUGGUGAUCAUGAGAAAAUGGAGGUUGAUUAUGGUAACUAUUGGGAUUCCUUUGCAGUUGAAGAGAUCAGGUGGGAUUCAAUGUUUCAGAAUAUGAAACCAACUUAAAUUUCACUUGUUUCUCUGUUUAUUGUACUUAACUUGAUUGGUGAGAGAUGACUUUUUGGUUCUUCCACCAAUCUUUUUAUUUGUAUUUUUAAUUUUCAGGUUUGUUUGGUUGUUUUAAUUAGGAAUUUUGGUUAGUACUUUUGUGUUAGUGAUGGGAUACGCAGAAAUCCACUAAUUGUGUUGAUUUGA